UACAUCCCGAACUGGCAACUUGCAUGUUAUUCAGUGGGAGGCGCUAGUCCGCAGUAGUUUCUAGAAGGAACCUCAUGCUUGCACCAUGGAGAAUGUCUCAGCAUUAAAAGACCAGGGCAACAAGGCACUGAGUGCAGGAAAUAUUGAUGAGGCUUUACGUUGCUACACCGAAGCUGUGGCCCUUGACCCUUCAAACCAUGUCCUGUACAGUAACCGCUCAGCUGCCUACGCCAAGAAAGGCAACUACGAGAAUGCUCUCCAGGAUGCCUCUCAGACCAUCAAGAUCAAACCUGACUGGGGCAAGGGCUACUCCCGCAAAGCUGCAGCACUGGAAUUUCUUGGCCGAUUGGAGGACGCUAAAGGAACUUACCAAGAGGGACUUCGACAAGAGCCGAGUAAUCAGCAGUUGAAGGAGGGUUUACAGAACAUAGAGUCCCGGCUUGCAGAGAAAUCAAUGAUGAACCCCUUCGCCAUGCCCAACUUGUAUCAGAAGCUGGAGAAUGAUUCUCGGACCCGUGAACUCCUGUCAGACUCCAGCUACAGAGAGUUGCUGGAGCAGCUCAGGAACAAACCGUCGGAGCUUGGCACGAAGCUGCAGGAUCCCAGAGUGAUGACCACUCUGUCUGUGCUGCUGGGACUGAACCUCUCUGAGAUGGAGGAAGAAGAGGAUCUCACUCUCCCCAAACCGAAACAGACUCAGCCGCCUCCCCCUAAAGAGGAAAACCUUCCUGAAAACAAGAAAAAGGCCGUGAAAGAAAAGGAUCUUGGGAAUGCUGCAUAUAAGAAUAAGGACUUUGACACAGCGCUGAAACAUUACGAAGAGGCAGUCAAACAUGACUCCACCAACAUGACCUACAUAUCCAAUCAAGCAGCUGUGUUCUUUGAGAAGGGCGAUUAUGAGAUGUGCCGAGAGUUGUGUGAGAAGGCCAUUGACGUUGGCAGAGAGAACCGGGAAGACUACAGACAAAUCGCAAAAGCCUUGGCCAGGAUUGGAAACUCAUACUUCAAGCAGGACAAAUUCAAAGAAGCGAUUCAGUUUUUGAACAAGAGUUUGUCGGAGCAUCGUACUCCCGACGUCUUAAAGCGGUGUCAACAGGCUGAGAAGAUAUUGAAGGAGGAGGAGAAAAUAGCAUACAUCAACCCCAACUUAGCCUUGGAAGAGAGGAGCAGGGGCAACAACUCCUUCCAGAAUGGAGACUACCCCAUAGCCAUGAGACAUUACUCGGAGGCCAUCAAGAGAAACCCAGAGGAUGCCAAACUCUUCAGCAACAGAGCGGCCUGCUACACAAAGCUGUUGGAGUUUCAACUUGCCCUGAAGGAUUGUGAAGAGUGCAUCCGACUUGAGCCCGCCUUCAUAAAAGGCUACACACGUAAAGGAGCUGCCUUGGAGGCCAUGAAAGACUAUACAAAAGCUGUGGACAUGUACCAGAAGGCUCUGGAGCUGGAUUCUUCCUCAAAGGAAGCCACAGAAGGCAUUCAGCGCUGUAUGGUCAGUCAGACCAUGAGGAACGACACCCCUGAGGAAGUGAAGCAGAGGGCCAUGUCUGAUCCUGAGGUGCAGCAGAUUAUGAGUGACCCAGCCAUGCGCAUGAUCCUUGAGCAAAUGCAGAAGGACCCUCAGGCGCUUAGCGAGCACCUAAAGAAUCCAGUCAUUGCUCAGAAGAUUCAGAAACUCAUUGAUAUCGGACUGAUAGCCAUUCGUUGAUGUGAACCAAGAGACUUCAAGAAAUCAGUGGAUCAAUGUGCAAAUCCCUCCAACUAUUGCAUCCUACUCUCUUGCCUUCAAAUUCGAAUUUAUAUUGUCGUUCGUUUCCCUGAGACUGUGUAUGUUAUGCUUCUUUUUUCUUUAAAAAAAACAAAAAAAAUCAGUUUCACAACUGUUUCAUUGUAUUUAAGAAAGCAUCUUGUAAGACAUGUGGAAAAACUUCCAGACUACAGAAAACAACUGGAUUCAUGUGUACAGAUGCUCACACAUAAACGGCACAGUUCAGUGCACUAACACGCCCAAUGUUAAUGGGGAAAUCUACCCUGCAGCAGAUCACGUGUUCCUAUUGGUUUAAGAAAAUACAACAAAAAGAAACAGGAAUUUCUACAUUCAAAAUAAAGAUUGUAUUGUUGAUCACAAAUGAAAAUGGUCAACAUUUGUCUAA